AUGUUUACAGUGUUAACGAUAGUUUCGGGAGCAGUCAUCCUCACUCUGAAUUGUGUGAUGUGUCUGGACAAUGGGUUGGCUAGAACACCACCAAUGGGAUGGAACACAUGGCUUGCAUUCGGCUGUCAGUUGAAUUGUCAGAGGUAUCCAAACAGCUGUCUUAAUGAGGAUGCAAUCAAACGGACAGCUGAUAAACUUGUAUCGGAUGGUUGGCGAGAUUUGGGCUAUAAAUAUGUGAUACUUGAUGAUUGUUGGUUAGCAACACAACGUGAUCCGAUAACGAAUAGAAUUAUGGCAGAUCCUUCAAGAUUUCCGAGCGGUAUUGAAUACAUUGCAAAAUGUCUGCAUUCCAAACAACUGCUACUCGGUGUAACUCUUGGUAAUGGGGCCAUGACAUGUUCUGGUUAUCCAGGAAGUAUAAAUCAUUUGGAAUUGGAUGCAAAAACAGUGGCUGACUGA